UUCUCAAUCCCCUUAAAAAACUCCAACUACUGACUUAUUUUACUUCAUUUCGUCUCCCUUUCUUGUUUCUGAAGAUGUUGCGGCUUAAUAUUUGUUUUUCCCCGAUCUUUUUGUUGUUUGUUUAUUGCAUGAAAAGCUCAUCAUCAUCAGCAGGAGCAGCAAUUGGAGUUGGGAUAUCCAAGAACUGUCCAAAUGAUCACAGUGACCUGUCAUAUUUUGAAUCAGCUCCAAAACCAUGUUUCAAGAAUCCAACCACAAUGGAGCUGAUUAAAUCCCUGAAUCAAACGUCUUCAACAAGGCAGCAGGGAUCCUCCUCCUCGUCAUCAGAAUCAGACUGUACUGUUUGGACUAAAGAGUGCUCUGAGCAGCUUCUCUGGCUUGCAAAACAGCCAGAGAGUGUAAAGUGGAUUAAGUCUGUGAGGAGGAAGAUCCAUCAGAACCCAGAACUUGCUUUUGAAGAAUAUGAAACUAGUAGGCUCAUUCGGGAAGAAUUGGAGAAAAUGGAGAUUAGUUACAGGUUCCCUCUAGCUACGACUGGGAUUAGAGCCAUGAUUGGGACUGGUGGACCUCCUUUUGUAGCCAUCAGGGCUGAUAUGGAUGCUCUCCCAAUUCAGGAGGCCGUUGAAUGGGAGUACAAAAGCAAAAAUGCCGGCAAGAUGCACGCUUGUGGACAUGAUGCACAUGUUGCCAUGCUUAUUGGUGCGGCAAAGAUUUUGAAGGCAAGAGAAAAGUACUUGAAGGGGACAGUGAUACUGAUCUUCCAGCCUGCUGAGGAAGCUGGGAAUGGAGCAAAGAGAAUGAUAGGAGAUGGGGCAAUUGAAGACGUUGAAGCCAUAUUUGGACUUCAUGUAUCACAUUUGCAUCGAUCAGGCAUCAUUGGAUCAAGACCUGGACCUCUACUUGCAGGCUGUGGCUUCUUUAGAGCCACAAUCAGCGGAAAAGAGGGUCAAGCCGGGAAUCCUCAUCACUCUGUCGACCCCGUGCUUGCUGCCUCAGCUAUUGUAAUCAGUUUACAAAACAUUGUGUCCCGCGAAGCAAAUCCCCUGGACUGUCAGGUGGUUUCAGUAACGUCCUUUAAUGCUGGGGAAGAUCUAGAUUCUAUACCUGAUACGGUCAUACUUCGGGGCACCUUCAGGGCUUUCUCUAACACAAGCUUCUACCAAAUCCUAGCAAGGAUUAACCAGGUCAUUACAGAACAAGCCAGAGUUUUCAGAUGCUCAGCAACAGUUGAGUUGUUUGAGAACGAGGAUCGAAUUUAUCCACCAACGGUGAAUGAAGAACAGAUGCACGAGCACGUGAAGAAGGUCUCUAUUGACCUACUAGGUCCUCAAAAUUUCAUGCUUGCUGAGCCAGUGAUGGGUGCUGAAGAUUUCUCAUUCUACAACCAAGUAAUCCCUUCUGCCUUCUUCUUCAUAGGAAUCAAGAAUGAAACUUUAGGAUCUAUCCACACAGGUCACUCACCACAUUUCAUGAUCGACGAAGACAUCCUACCAAUAGGUGCCGCAACUCAUGCUGCCAUCGCAGAAAGAUACCUCUACGACCGAAAAUUAUGAAGUUAAGGAACUCUUAACUUGUGCAAUAACUAAAACUUCUAUUAACCGAAACUAACAUUUUCUUCCUAGGAAAUUAGUUAGAUGAGUAGAGGGAAAGACGUUCCCCUAGUGGUCCAGAUGGAUCAAUAUUUUAAUUCUUUGUUAUUUGUCAAUAUUAACAUGUUAUUAAUUAAGAGCAAUUAUCUGCUUUGUUGAUUUCAUUAA